ACAGGAGAAAGUUACCCAACGGCUUGCCGUAGCCACGCGCGCUCUGGGAAAGAGGGCGGAAGUAAAAAUAGACUGAUGAUGAUCCUCUUCCUGUUGCACAAGAUGACAGAUAUGGGAUACUACAGUGGCUUUUUAACUUUUGUCGUCCUACUUGGUAGUUUAAUACAGAGCAACUGUAAGCCACACACCUACAGGAGUAAGUCACUCCAAGAAGUAUCCAAUGAGAUAUCAAGCUAUUCUGACAUUGCCCAGAAAAUCAUACAGCUUUCAGUUUACGGGAAGGCUCAGAACCGCUCAUAUGAACGGCUUGCAGCCUUCACAGAUACGAUUGGGAACAGAUUGAGUGGGUCGAGGAAUCUAGACCUGGCUAUUAAGUAUAUGUACAAUGCAUUGAGGCUGGAUGGACUGGAAAAUGUACAUCUAGAACAAGUGAAGAUCCCUCACUGGGUGAGGGGACAGGAGAGUGCAGUGAUGGUUCUUCCACGAAACCACUCCUUGUCCAUCCUUGGAUUGGGGAGUAGCAUUGGAACCCCCAAAGGAGGAAUUGAAGCCGAAGUUUUGGUGGUGGAAUCUUUUGAUGAUCUGAAAAGAAGGGCGGGUGAAGCUAAGGGAAAGAUUGUGGUUUAUAAUCAGCCUUUUGUUAGCUAUGGGGAGACAGUAGCAUACCGUGCUUCUGGAGCUUCUGAGGCAGCUAAACUGGGAGCAGUGGCUUCACUCAUUCGCUCUAUCACUCCAUUUUCCAUAAACAGCCCCCACACUGGAUGGCAGUGGUACCAGCCUGGGGUGCCUAAAAUCCCCACUGCCUGUAUCACGGUGGAAGAUGCCGAGAUGAUGGCCAGGAUGGCUUACAAAGGUGCAAAAAUUGUUGUGCACCUAACUAUGGAAGCUCAAACCCUAGACGAUGUGGAUUCCUUCAAUACAGUGGCUGAGAUAACAGGCAGUCAGCACCCAGAGCAAGUUGUUUUGCUGAGUGGUCAUCUGGACAGUUGGGAUGUAGGACAGGGGGCUAUGGAUGAUGGAGGUGGAGUGGCGAUUUCUUGGGAAGCCUUGUCUCUCAUCAAAGACCUGGGGCUGCGUCCUAAGAGGACACUGAGAGCUGUGCUGUGGUCUGCUGAGGAAGCAGGAGGAGUGGGAGCUAUGCAGUAUUAUCAACAGCACAAAACAAACAUUUCAAACUUUGACCUGGUGAUGGAGUCUGAUAUGGGCACAUUUGCCCCUGUUGGACUGCAGUUUACUGGCAAUGAUGAAGCCAGAGCCAUUAUGAAAGAAGUAAUGAAAUUGUUGGCACCCAUCAAUGUGACAUCCCUGGAGAAACAUGGAGAAGGAACGGAUAUAAACAUGUGGAUGCAGGCUGGAGUACCAGGUGCCAGCCUGCAUACCGCAGACAGCAAGUACUUCUGGUUCCAUCACACUGAGGGUGACAUGAUGACCGUGCAGAACCCAGCAGAGAUGAAUCUGUGUUCAGCUUUGUGGGCCGUGGUGUCGUAUGUUGUGGCAGACCUGGAUGAAAUGCUUCCCAGAUAACAGUUUUAAGCAGUUUUUAUUAUUGAGCCUUGAAUCUGACCAAAAGGAAUGAGUUUAUAUAGGCUUUUUGAAUUUGCAUUUUAUUGUUUACAACACAGAUUUUAUCCUCAGGGACUUCAAUAUUAUUAAUUAAUUAAAAACUUUAAGCAUAUCUUACCCGUUAUUUACCACUUUGUCUUUCGCUCAUAAACCCACACCACUGAACCUAAUCAGUUUGUUUGACCAAUUUAUUUUGACCAUAAUGUUUGUUAAUUUCACAUGAUAAAAAUGACAAAAACCUAGUCUGUCGAGGGCUAACGUGUGUUAACGUCUCUUGUGCUAUAAAAGAGCUAAACAUCUCUGUUAGACAUGUAUUCUAUUAGAUUUUUUUACAUGUAAGUAUUUAUAGAAUUUUGUUUGCUGGCAAGAGAAUUAGACUGAUUAUGUGAACAGUGUUUCAAUUUCGAAUUUAUAUUUAGGAUUGUAAUUAUGUUGGUCAUCAUCAAGGCUGGUUAACUUUAAAAUAUGUGAUGUCUUGGAUUAACUUACUGCUGCUCUUUCUUAUGAGGUUUGGUUAGAAACCACCUUUCAAAACAAGUAAAGGUCACUUUUAAGAGAAUGGACUGCCACUGCUUUUUUGUUUUUAUACUUAGCACAACAUUUAACAUUGUAUUCUAACUUCAUAAUAUUCAUAAAAUUCACUGAAAUAUUGGCAUUCAAAAACUUUGAAAUGCUUUGUGCUCACUUUGAAAUACCUAUCAAGUUAAGUUAAAUUAAUAUUGCUUUAGUGGAGUCUUAAUGUUGAUGUUUUUUAACUUUAGUUUGUUUGUGAGUUAUCAUCAUAAUUCUGUUUAGAUUUCUGUCUAACCAAAUCAUCAGGCUAAUAUGUGCUAGCUAACAUUGCUUUUUUGUCCACUGAUAACUUUACCACUGAUAUUUUUCCGCAGGGAGGAAUCCAAUAUUCGAUUUUCGAUGUUUAAGAUGUGGAGGAAAUCACAAUAAAGAAAAUUACAAUAAAGUUCAUAAUAAAAA